CAAGAGUGAUGUUAAAGCUAAAAUAUGUGACCCAGGUGUAUUUAAUGAUGAUCUGGCUGUUAAAUUGUCGAAAUGCGAUGAAGAGUACAGUAAGGUCAUAGCAAAAGUCAACGAAAAGUUUGAAAAUAUGACACUCGAGUGCGACACCAAGGACACUGCAUUUAUCACCAAGUUUAAAAAUUUAAAGAAGGAAGAUAAUCAAGUUCAUUUGUAUGGUGCGUGUAAGGAACUGGAUUUAUCAUGCAGGGUCAAAUUCAAUCAAAAGGUGCAUGAAGAAUCUAUAAAGCAGAUUAAGUCGCUGAAUGAUUGCUAUUCGAAAAUGGCGAAAUGCGGUGAUGAGUACAAUAAGCUCUAUGAAAAAAUCAGCGAAAAAUUAUUCCAUGAUUGCUAUUCGAGAGUGUUUGGAGCAAGAUAAAAAUACAAU